CUUCAAACUUCCAGAGUGCAGGGGGAAACUUUUUGUGUUCCCUGUUAAAUUCGAUAGAGGUCCUAAGCCAUAAGUUAGAAAGAAAAGGAAAAAAAAAAAGUUCGAUGACACCAAUGUUCCCUCCCCACUCCUGCGCUCUAGCGAUUGUUCCAGACGCUGUGUCGAUAAAACUGUUCCUAGUAUUUGACUUCAGGGGAACUCCAGCUGAGACUUAGACCAUCGUGUGUGAACAGAAAGCUCCUAAAGCUUGGCUGUAUAGGAUUUGCAUGUGUCUCUGAGAGCAGGUAACUAGCCUGCUGCUCAAGUCUAGAAACGAGAACAACUUGUCACAUCCGAAAUGUAGGCUUUGUGCCUUGAGCCGCUGGCAUUUCACACCUCCUUUGAUGAUGUUCCGAGGUGUGUAGCCCACAGAAGUCAGAAGAAGGUAUAGAUCCCCAGGAGCUGAUAAGUGGUUCUCAGACUCUGCUAUGGAUGCUGGAUCCGAACUUGGGUCUUCUGGAAGAACUGCACUUGUUCUUAACUGCUGAACCAUCUCUGCAGCUCCCAAAGAGGGACCUUGAACAGAUUGACUGAUAACAAAGCUACUAUGAGUCUGUUAAACUGUGAAAACAGCUGUGGGUCCAGCCAGCCCUCAAGUGACUGCUGUGCUGCCAUGGCCGCCUCCUGCAGUGCUGCGAUGAAGGAUGACAGCGUGAGUGGGUCCGCCAGCACGGGGAACUUCUCCAGCUCCUUCAUGGAGGAGAUCCAGGGAUACGACGUGGAGUUUGACCCACCUUUGGAGAGCAAGUAUGAGUGCCCCAUCUGCUUGAUGGCGUUACGGGAAGCAGUGCAAACACCAUGUGGCCACAGGUUCUGCAAAGCCUGCAUCAUCAAAUCCAUAAGGGAUGCAGGUCACAAGUGUCCAGUUGACAAUGAAAUACUGCUGGAAAAUCAACUGUUUCCUGACAAUUUUGCAAAGCGGGAGAUCCUUUCCCUGACGGUAAAAUGCCCAAAUAAAGGCUGUUUGCAAAAGAUGGAACUGAGACAUCUCGAGGAUCACCAAGCACAUUGUGAAUUUGCUCUUAUGAAUUGUCCCCAAUGUCAACGUCCUUUCCAAAAGUGCCAAUUUAAUAUACAUGUUAUCGAGGAUUGUCCCAGGAGACAGGUUUCUUGUGUAAACUGUGCUGUAUCCAUGCCAUUUGAAGAGAAAGAGAUCCAUGAUCAGACUUGUCCUUUGGCAAAUAUCAUCUGUGAAUACUGUGGUACAAUCCUCAUCAGAGAACAGAUGCCUAAUCAUUACGAUCUGGACUGCCCGACAGCACCAAUCCCUUGCACCUUCAGUGUUUUUGGUUGUCAUGAGAAGAUGCAGAGAAAUCACUUGGCCCGACACCUGCAGGAGAAUACCCAGUUGCACAUGAGACUGUUGGCCCAGGCUGUUCAUGAUGUAAACCUUGCUUUGCGUACAUGUGAUACUUCCUCUCCAUCCCGGGGAUGUUGUCCAGAGGACCCAAAUUAUGAGGAAACUAUUAAACAGUUGGAAAGUCGCCUAGUAAGACAGGACCAUCAAAUCCGGGAACUGACUGCCAAAAUGGAAACUCAGAGUAUAUAUGUAAGCGAGCUCAAACGGACCAUUCGAACCCUUGAGGACAAAGUUGCUGAAAUGGAAGCACAGCAGUGUAAUGGGAUUUACAUUUGGAAGAUUGGCAACUUUGGGAUGCACUUAAAAUCCCAAGAAGAGGAAAAACCUGUAGUCAUUCAUAGCCCAGGAUUCUAUACAGGCAGACCUGGGUACAAGCUGUGCAUGCGCCUGCACCUUCAGUUACCCACUGCUCAGCGCUGUGCAAACUAUAUAUCCCUAUUUGUCCACACAAUGCAAGGAGAUUAUGACAGUCAUCUCCCCUGGCCCUUCCAGGGCACCAUACGCCUUACAAUUCUUGAUCAGUCUGAAGCAGUAAUAAGGCAAAACCACGAAGAGGUCAUGGAUGCUAAACCAGAGCUGCUUGCCUUUCAGCGUCCCACAAUCCCACGGAACCCCAAAGGUUUUGGCUAUGUAACAUUUAUGCAUCUGGAAGCCUUAAGACAGGGGACCUUCGUUAAGGAUGAUACAUUAUUAGUGCGCUGUGAAGUCUCUACCCGCUUUGACAUGGGUGGCCUUCGGAAGGAGGGUUUCCAGCCACGAAGUACUGAUGCAGGAGUCUAACAUCCAUUUACUUGUGUUAAAAAAGCUACAAACCAUAUGGAAAACCAGUUCCUUCCUUGCCUGCUCCCAGUAAACAGUAUUCAGACAAGCAGUGGGAAAGGCGUAGCACCAGCAGCAAGUGUCAGCAGUGAGGUCCCUCCACUGCUUACUGUUACAAAUACCUGAGGCAGUCUUACUGUUACAAAUACCUGAGGCAGUCUUAACGGGAAUCUACAAAUCUACAUGUCCCAUGCAUCUUCAGAAACCUAACAUUGGCAGGGCCUGUGGCUCAUCAGUCAGUUAGUAUACCUCUUGGUUGUACUUUAUGGACUUUUUCGGGGUACUUCACUGUAAAAGAAAAAAAAAAAAGUCAGAGUUAGUGUGCUGAAGCUGAAUUGUUUAAUAAUGCUAGGUGCCGUAGAAACGUGGGCUGGUUUUAGGAUGUUUAGGUACUAUAUUAAGCAGAAUCACUACUGCCUGUGCUGACACCAGUGAGAAAGUUGCUGCUCUGGUGCUGAGUUCUCAUUUAGUGGACGCCUGUGAAUUUCAGAAGCUUUGAUCCAUGGCCCUGGAAAGUCUAAGUUCUCAUGUGCUUCCUUCCAUUGUUCUCUAAGGGUCCAGGGACUGCUUUAGCCCUUCCUUACUUAGUGUGAGCAUUUUAUCUGUUGAGCACCAAGUACUUCUUCCCUGCUUCCAUAUUUUGAGGCUCAGGCAGUAGCUUCUCCAGUUUGUAAUACUGCGGUAAUGUGGUUGCCAACUGUUAAGUGCUGUGGCCAUGUAAGCUUCCUUGUCUUUGCAGUGUAGCUUGGUGUCUACAUCCCUGUGCACGUCUUCUGUUGCUUGCAGACAGAAUCACCAACAUAAACAUUCGAAGUGAUUCAGCUCACCAGCCAUUAAAGGUCAUCUGCGGAUGACUGCAGAACUCUUACAGCCAGGAAACUUGUCAGCCCUCUUGACUGCCUUUUUAUUUAGCUUAGUUAAUUGAAAUAGAACUGAUUUUCUCAACGGACUGGAGAGAUGCCUCAGCGGUUAAGAGCACUGGCUGCUCUUUCAAAGCCUGGUUCAACUCCCAGCCCCUGCAUGGCAGUUCACAACUGUCUGUGACUCCAGUUCCAGGGAGUCCGACACCUUCAUACAGACAUACAUGCAGGCAAAGCACCAAAGCACAUAAUUUGAAAAUUAAUAAAUAAAAUAGAUUUCCUCAAAACAGAAUUUGUUAAAACUUGAGAAAUUGUAGGUCCUUGAGAGAUGACUAAACCAAGGCUGGGAGUCAUAAUGGUUGUAUGAACACCCUGUUCAGUGCUAGCUAGCCUGAGCACGUUCUGUCGAAUGUCGUGGUGUGGAGAGGGCAUUGUUGUGCUGUUCUGUGUCUGCUAAUGGCCUGUGCAUAUAAAAUACUGUGGAAGUAGUUCUCAGGGAGUCCUACAUCUAAUUAGAGCAUUGGUAAAGAACCUAAGGGGAUCUGUCUGCUGCUGUUUACACAAGCUUGUUCAAGUUUUCUGGUAGGAAGAAAAGGCACUUCUGUCUCCGGCCAAAUCAGAGCCACUGGCCAGCACUAGAUCUGCCCUGCUUCCCAGAGGACGCUCAGAGACCUUGGUGGAGGAAGGAGUCUGAUUUUCACUUGUAGCCUGUCCCCGACAAGUGGCACUUUGACCUCUUAAUUUUUCUCUCGUUGUUUCCAUUCCACCCACAAAGGUGAAGGAAAGGCUUUGUCCCCUACCUUACACAAGCUCGCCAUGCAUCACCAGUUGGUUUCCUGGUGGUGUGGGUCUUAGCUGUGCCUUUAGCAGCCCCUGAGCCUCCUGCAACACCUCCCGCCUAGGGAAGCCUGCGUUGCCCUAUUCCUGCAGUUGUUUCCCACUGAAGAAAUGUGGGGUUUCCUGAAAAAGCAAGCAAUAGUUAUUUUUUAUUUACUUUUGAAAAUGUACUCAACUACUUGAGGGUCUAUUUUCUGUGUGUAUUCUAUUCUUAAUUUUUUUUGUAUUCCAUAGUAAGUAAGCAUUUUUAUCAGUUAAGUGUUACCACAAAAAUAUCAGCCCCCCCCCUUCCCCUCUCAGUUUUGAAAAAGGAAAUGAUAUUUAAAAGCUUCCUGGUCAGAUUUCUAUUUAAAAGAUGUCUGUAUUAGGUACUAAGACCAGUCAUUUCCUGCCUUGGUUUUGGCCUUUUUUUUUUUUUUUUUUAAACUCCAGCGUCAUAAGUUUUUGCCUAAGUUCAACUUUUCCCAACAUGAUGAUGUUCCUGCCUAUGAAACAAAUUGGACUAGAUGUCUCUAGCGUGUGUGUUGAGCUCAGUGCUAAGCCACAAAACAUUGACAGUACUGGCUUACCAGUGGAAAAUUGGUGUGACUGUCCCCACUACUGACAUGAAUGCUUUACUUAAUGUCCAUCAGCUGAAGUGCAACCUAGCAUAGUUUAUAACUUCCUGCAUUUGGUGUUUGUAAUAAGUCAGCCAGCUCGUUUAUGAUACUCAGUCACCGUGGCUACAGAGUAAAAAUAAUCAAGCUGAUAUUAAAAGACAGCCCUUGACAAGGUCUACUCAGAAUCAAGUUUUAACCUAGAAAGCUGGUUUCUUUAUACACCCUUCCUAAUUGUCUCCCCACUCCUGAACAUUUCCUGUUUCACCAGUUAAUCUGUACGAGUCUGACCAGGGUCUACAGUGUGUUGGCCAUGGUUUCUUAACAAUCUAGAACAUUGCUAUUUUUCAAAUUGUUUUUUCUUCCAAAAAUGUCCAACUUAUUAUUGGAGUUUUUUUUCCAAGUCAAAUAUCUUCUAUUAGAAAUCAAGCCUGUUGGUGAUUGUAGUUUGGUAAUUGGAUGUGACCGUGUCUGGCUAUUCAGCUUUCUUCCAGAGACUGAAGAGGGGAAACGGCGAAUUAGAACGCACAAGUGCUUUUUCACCCUAACAAGAACUGACAGGCGCUGGAUGAUUUCUCAGUUAAAUUUUAUGACUGGCGUAAAGUUGAGUUUUUACCAGUAUCAAGCAAAGUAAGACUAACUUGUGAAUUAUGUGUGCAAUUAGACUGUUCUCUUACAGAGAAGUUGCUUGCUGCUGCUUUACCUAGACUCUCAAACUCUCAAUCUCUUGUGACCAGAAAAGUUUUAAUUACUAGAGAGCUUAUUCUAACUUAAGACUUUUAAGUGCUUUUUUUUUUUCUUUCUCUUUCCUGUUAUUAACCCACUUCUUUUCUGACAUGCCUAAAAUUCUCUUCAUUGUCUUAACAUAAAAUGUCAUUACAUUUUUUGUGAGGUGUUGGGUGGUUAUUUUCCUAGAUGCCCUAAGCGGGUACCUAGGACACAGUCAAUAAUCAUUUGAUUGUCUAUUGAAAUACUCUUUAAAUGUCAGCAGUCUCAGAGAUUGUCAUUUGUCUCACAGUUGAUGUGAUUGUCUGUGGAAUGGAUUGGUGUUUCCCAAUUCCCAGAAUCCAGAAAAAUGAACCAAAUGUGAUCAACCCGAACAAGUUAAUACUUGUUCACAUGCCUUGAAGUCACUCGAAUGGAAUUAACCUAGUUAUUUCUCUGAAUG